GUUACCAACAGUUCAACGGCUACUAAGCCGAUGACGUAAAAGCUGAAAAGGACGGAGGCAACGCUGUUUGACGAUCCCAAGACCUGAUCUGCGCACGCUUUCCAGAGCGCUGGCAACACGCACGCGACCGCUUAACUUGCCCGGGCUUCCCGCUUCGAGAGAAUCCGCGCUGGGACGCGACGCCGCGGUUCCUCAGGUACCGAGGCCGGGGCCGGGAUCCUCCGAAUCGCUGUCCGGCGCAAAGGAAGCCUCGGCAGGGAGUCACGGACGUUGGGAAGAGUCCGCCCUGCUCACACGCCGGCGACGAGCGGGUAUUUAUCACUCGUAGAGACACCGCGAAGAACAAAGAACACAGUGCAGGGACAUUUCAGGACUGAGAGAGGGAGAGACGGCGAGCCAUGACACCCGGCGCCAUUUUGAUUUGGUCGAGAACGACUAUUCUUUACUAACCCGAAGACCUGCAAACUGUCAGCAUUGGACACAAAGCUCCCCUGAAGUCGUCGUUCCUCUCGUCUGUAAAGCUGCUGAGAAGUUCCCGGGAAUACGGCUCGCUGCACGGACUCCUUUCGCCACAACGGACAGCAUGGGAGCCCGGAUUGAACAUUCAUCAAACCAAAGGCAGCUUUUCUGACACCAGCCUCCUGCAGAGAUCCUCUUAUCUUUAAAAUGAAUGACAGCCAGAUCAACUGCACUGGAGGACCUAUGCUGCAAGAGCUCCAGCACCAAGUUUACGCUGUGGUGUACAGCAUAAUCUUGGCACCGGGCUUACUGGGUAACGUCCUUGCGCUGUGGGUGUUUAGAAUCUACGUACGGGAAACCAAGAGGGCCGUGGUGUUCAUGAUGAACCUCGCUGUGGCCGAUCUGCUUCAGGUGCUGUCGCUGCCUCUGCGGAUCUACUACUACUUGAACAACUACUGGCCCUUCGGUCACCCUCUCUGCUUAUUCAGCUUUUACCUCAAGUACGUCAACAUGUACGCUUCCAUCUACUUCCUGGUGUUGAUCAGUGUGCGUCGCUGCCAGCUCACCGUGAACCCGCUGAUGUACAAGGCGAGGCCGAAGGGAGACAUUUUCAUGAGCGUGUUCGGCUGGCUGUUGGUCUGCGUGAUCUGCAUAGCUUUCCCCUUGGUGAGGGAGAAGUCGGAGAAACCAGGGGAGUGUUUUUCAGAGCUGCCCACGAAAAAAAUUGGUGUUGCGACAGCCUCAUUCCUGAUUAUAUUGGCAGAACUGCUGGGCUUCAUCAUCCCCCUCGUCGUGGUGGUGUCCUGCUCGAUCUUGACGAUUUCAAGCCUCAAAGAGGUGACGACGGAGGGCGUUCAUGACUUUGGGGAGAAGCAUAGGGCACUGAAGACGGUGCUGAGCUGCACCUUAGUCUUCUUGCUGUGCUUUGCACCGUAUCACAUCACCAUGCCGCUGGACUUCCUGGUGAAAGCUGGCGCUUUGGAGGACUGCGCCACCAGAAACAUGAUCCAGAGGUGUCACAUCAUAACGCUCUGCCUCGCCAGCCUGAACUGCACCUUGGAUCCUAUCAUGUACUACUUCACGAGCGAUGAAUUCAGGAGGCGGCUAGGCAAGCCCGAGAUGCCGGACAAUUUGAGCAGACGGCUGUCCUGCUUAACCACACAAGAGGGCGUGCAAACUAGCAAAUAGCCUAGCCAAACUAGGUUGUGGAAAAGCCACGCGUGCCACAAAUCGCUGCUUUUGCUACACGUCUGGCAAAAAACAUAAAAAUAUAUGCUGGUUUAUGACUUAAGUCGCUGUGAAAGGUGCCAAAAAAUUCGGUGAAAACGACAACCUUCUGAAUUCCGGAAAUUCAGGUCAUCACACACCGCUGUGAUCGCUGUCGCACGUAAAAAGCACCAAUGAGCUGAAUGGACGCCAUAUACCCGGCGUUUAAGUUCGUCUUACAGCGGUGUGAAAAAAGAGCCGUUUUGAAGGGAUUUUCAACACAUUUUCCCAAGUCACAAACCAGCGUGUAUUUUCAUUUUUUUUAGCCAAACGUGUAGUUAAACUGCCUAUUUGUGUCCAUUCCUGGCUUCCGUAGCUGUCGCUGGGGAAGAAGGCGGCGUCUUUACAACCACUAAUCCUCCAAAUAAAAUAUGAGCAUUCCUUUGGUGAAAAUAUAAAUUAUUUGUGAAUGUGAGAAAAUAUACAUCGGAAAUGUGAAAACUUUACCCUAUUUAUAUGUAAUUAAAACAUGUUUUAGUUUUUA